AUGGGUGCGAUGAGAGGUAGGAAAGUUGUGUUGGACAAGAUACCUAACAACAGUAAUAAAAUUAUAAAUUGUUUUGUUACUAUCAAUAACCUAUUAUUAAUUGUUGAGACAGAACAGAUCAGAUACGGUCCCCAUAAUAGCAAUAACAAGGAACUUAAUUUAAAAAAUUUGCAAUGUAAAAAACUUAUAGGAUAUGCAAGUUACGCAACAUUAUAUCUGGAACCAUUGACAAGGAAACAAUACUUGUUUCUUAUCAUGCAGAAUGGUAGAAUUGAUAUAAGAGAUUUACAAUUAGAUAUUAUAGAUUCCAUUGAAACUAGUAUACCGUUAUACGAUGCUACACAUUCCAUACAAACUUUAUUUGAACCACAAGUUCGUAUAUUAUACGUUAACUUAUUAAAGGAUUGUGUUCACAUGAUUCGUCUUCAAUUGAAAAAUGAUGUUUUACGGUUUUUACAUUCAGAUAGAUCUAUUGUUUUAAUUCAAACUUUAUCUUCAACUAUAAUGUCAAUGGAUAUUUUGUUAGAAUACGAUAUAUACACAAAUGAAGAAUUUACUUCAAUUGGUAUUCUAUCUAAAUCCGAAUUGACCAACGAAUAUUAUUUUCAAGCAAUAUUCAGGAAAAAUGGUACCUUAAUUAGAAAUAAAUUGAAAUGGGAAACUUUAAUCCAGCAAAGAAAACUUCCAACGAUAAAUGAUGAAAAUAAUGAAUUAAAAAACAAAAAUAUCAAAGUAGAAUUGAAAGCCAUAGAGAAUGUUGGAUUUUUCUUUUUCACUUUAACUGCUAUUAUGUUCAUAACGUUACCUAAUGGAUUUGAAAAUAUCAUUGCAGGUCAAUCUAUUGCAACACAGGAUAUUUAUUAUGUACAGGGUCCUUAUUUGAUAGAUAUCUUAAACCUUGAAGAAAAUAGAAAUCUUGAACUUAAAGGCAUGAUUGAUAUUAAUUUAGAGACAGCGUCUAUUGAAUUUGUUAUGUUUACAAAUACAUUACAAUUAAUAAGGAUUAAGAUUAUUAAAAUAAUGGAGGAUGAUGAAAAAUAUAUUAAACAUUGGGGUAAGUUUAAUAUUACGAACCAGAAAAUGCUAAAUCAACCAAGGGGUUUAAAUGAUUAUAUAAUUGAACUUUAUUAUUUUAAAGAGCUACAUCAGUACUUUGUGGAGCUUAAAUCUGAUCAGUUGAUCCUGGCAGAACUUAAUAAACUCGAUCCAUUAUGCAUUACCAAAUAUGAGGAAGAAUCAUUCGUCUGUUCUUCUAUCAUCGGAGGUCACACUAAAAGGAUUAUAAGGACGGGGUUUACUAAUGGUCGUCGUUACUUUAUUGAUCAAGAAUCAACUGGCUUCGAACAUAUGUAUCAUUUUGAAAAUUUGUUUGACAUUGAAAGUGCAAUUGAAAAAAUAUGGACUACAAAUAAUGGUGAUAUCUAUUGGUUAUUAAGUUCUUCCGAAAAAUUAUACUUUAACGGCAAAAUAUUGCAUACUGAGAGCGAUGUGAAACAUAUCACUCAUAACAAUAAAAUUAUAUCAAAUAUUUCUAUCGUUAAUGCCGUAGAUAUUUGGAAUGCAAAAUCAGACUGUUAUUGUUAUGUAACUAGUUCUGGGAAAAUUAAAUGGGAUAUGGAUUAUGACUUAUUAUCAGCCCAAUUACCUAAAAUUGGCGCUCCACAACUUCCUAACAUUAAACUUUAUUCUUCAAUGAAAAGGGAUUUAACUAACAUAACUCUAUGUGCCACCGAAAAUAAGAUUCUCAUGACUUCAGAUUAUGGUAAAACGUUCAAAACAAUAAAUUGUAAUGAAACUCUUGGGACUAUUUCUUCAAUCUUUUAUCAUGAAGUUGACCAGUUUUGCAAUAUAUUUGUUUCGGAUAUUCAAGGGAAAAUAUGGGUUCUUGAUGGUGAAUCAUUCAAAAGUGUAGGAGUUCUUAAUAUCAACUCGCAUGCGUUGACUAUUAUUGGGCUUCACAAUUCUGAUAAUUUGAUCGUUUACUCUAACGAUGCAUUUAUCAUAUUAUACCCAAGUAUUGAAAAUAAAUUACGAUACGAAUACUUUGCCCUAGAAAUUCCUUACAAUAUAGCACAUGUUAUUAGUAAUGCAACUAAAGAACAAAGUACUUCUCUGAUUAUUGUUACAUACGAUAGCCUCGUUCUGAAAAUGAAUCUUGACUUAAAUCGUAAUGAAAAUAUGAAAUCCAUUGAUAGAACUUAUAGUGAUAUUCUGAUCAAUAAGUUCGUAAAAUUACCUUCUUCUAAUAGAUUUUUGGUUGCUUUAUAUAUAACAAUAGGAAGAGAAAAGGAUAACAGGGAAAUUAUUGAUAAAAGUGGUGUUUGCAUUUAUGAUACAUACAAGAACGAAAUAGUAACAAGUUAUGAUAUGAGUAAAGACUUUCCACAUGUAGUUACUACGGAUGUUUCAAGUGUCGCUUAUCAAUUGAAUAGUAACGCAUCUUCGGAUGGUGAAACCAAAAUAUCAUUUGCUAAACAACUAAUAUUUGAUCAAUGUUUUGUUGUUUCUUUGAAUUAUGAAAUAGCAGAAACGGAUAAAGGUCCAAAGUUGUUGUUGUUCAUGUUAAAUUCUGAGAAUGGAGACAUAGAAUUACAAACAACGUCGGAUACUUUUUACAAUGUUAAUUGUCUUUAUAAUUAUGACAAGAAUAUGUUUGUUGCUUGUGGAGAUUGUAUUCAAUUAUUCAAACUAGAUUAUUCUGUUCAAGAGAAUAUUUUCCAUGUGAUGCCAUAUUCAAAUAAGAUUUAUGUGAAUGGUUAUUUAAAACAGAUCUCUGUUAUUCCAGAUAUUAUAAACAUCGAUGAAACUUCUGAUGAAUUACGACACGAUAAGAAAAGAUUGAAAAUGGAUAUUCAUAAAAGAACAAAAUUUAUUGGUACUGAUAUACUUCGAGGAUUUUAUGAAUGUAUUCUUGAUACAGAAAAUAUUCCCAUGAUGGAAAAUUCAACAAAGUACACAUUUAGGCCAAUUAAAAUGACAGAAAUACAUCCUAUUAUUACAGAUAUAUUCAGAGACAAAAUAAUUACAGACUUUCAUUUUACAGAAUAUGAUGGAUUGUUUUUCUUUCUUGUAUGUUCUGGUUUAAAUAAGAUCAAAAUAUAUAUGACACCUGCAACUGAAGAAGAAUACGAUAUGAUAGAAUUUUAUUUACCAUAUCAAGUUACCAGUGUUUGUUUGAUCAACAAAGAUGGAUGUCAAGUUGAUCCUAGUAAGAAUAUAUUGAUCGAAGAGAAUAAAAUAGAAGAAUUAUUUGGUAUCACUAGUAUAAAUGGGGGUCAUUACAUAUUAGGUGUUUUAAAAGGGGGAAAUACUCUUUCACUUCAGGAUGAAACUGAUAAAAAAAAUAUGACACUUCAGUUAAGAAGUAUCGGUUUAACUGAUGAUAAUGAAGAAGACGGUGGGAUAUCUCAAUCUGAACCUCAGUUUAUAGAUAACAGGAUAUUGUCCGACGAUACAUUAUGCCACAUAUAUAGUCCAUGA